UCAGAGCUGCAGCUGAAGAGCCGGACGUGUCGGCGAAGAUGGCGGGCCGGAGUAUGGUAGCUGCGAGAUGUCCUACAGAUGAAUUAUCUUUAACCAACUGUGCAGUUGUGAAUGAAAAAGGUUUCCAGUCUGGCCAGCAUGUGAUUGUGAGGACCUCUACCAACCACAGGUACACAUUUACACUGAAGACUCAUCCAUCAGUGGUUCCAGGGAGCAUUGCAUUCAGCUUACCUCAGCGAAAAUGGGCUGGACUUUCUAUUGGGCAAGAAAUAGAAGUGUCCUUAUAUACAUUUGACAAGACCAAACAAUGUAUUGGCACAAUGACCAUCGAGAUUGAUUUCCUGCAGAAAAAAAGCAUUGACUCCAACCCUUAUGAUACUGACAAGAUGGCAGGAGAAUUUAUUCAACAGUUCAACAACCAGGCAUUCUCAGUGGGACAACAGCUUGUAUUUAGCUUCAAUGAAAAGCUUUUUGGCUUACUAGUAAAGGAUAUUGAAGCCAUGGAUCCCAGCAUCCUGAAGGGAGAACCAGGAACGGGUAAAAGACAGAAGAUUGAAAUAGGACUGGUUGUUGGAAACAGUCAAGUUGCAUUUGAAAAAGCAGAAAAUUCAUCACUCAAUCUUACUGGGAAAGCUAAAACCAAGGAAAAUCGCCAGUCUAUCAUCAAUCCUGACUGGAACUUUGAAAAAAUGGGAAUAGGAGGUCUGGACAAGGAAUUUUCAGAUAUUUUUCGACGAGCAUUUGCUUCCCGAGUGUUUCCUCCAGAGAUUGUGGAGCAGAUGGGUUGCAAACACGUUAAAGGCAUCCUAUUAUAUGGGCCCCCAGGUUGUGGUAAGACUCUCUUGGCUCGACAGAUUGGCAAGAUGUUGAAUGCAAGAGAGCCCAAAGUGGUCAAUGGGCCAGAAAUUCUAAACAAAUAUGUGGGAGAAUCAGAAGCUAACAUUCGUAAACUCUUUGCUGAUGCUGAAGAGGAGCAAAGGAGGCUUGGUGCUAACAGUGGUUUGCACAUCAUCAUCUUUGAUGAAAUUGAUGCCAUCUGCAAGCAGAGAGGAAGCAUGGCUGGUAGCACGGGAGUUCAUGAUACUGUCGUCAACCAGUUGCUGUCCAAAAUUGAUGGGGUAGAGCAGCUGAACAACAUUUUAGUCAUUGGAAUGACCAACAGACCAGAUCUGAUAGAUGAGGCUCUCCUUCGACCUGGAAGACUGGAAGUUAAAAUGGAAAUAGGCUUACCAGAUGAAAAAGGUCGACUACAGAUCCUUCACAUCCACACAGCAAGGAUGAGAGGGCAUCAGUUACUCUCUGCUGAUGUAGACAUUAAAGAACUGGCUGUAGAAACCAAGAACUUCAGUGGUGCUGAACUGGAAGGUCUGGUGCGAGCAGCACAAUCCACUGCUAUGAACAGACACAUAAAGGCCAGCACUAAAGUCGAAGUGGACAUGGAAAAAGCAGAAAGCCUGCAGGUGACAAGGGGAGAUUUCCUUGCUUCUUUGGAGAAUGAUAUUAAACCGGCAUUUGGCACAAACCAAGAGGAUUAUGCAAGUUACAUUAUGAAUGGUAUCAUCAAAUGGGGUGACCCAGUUACUCGAGUUCUAGAAGAUGGAGAGCUGCUGGUCCAGCAGGCCAAAAACAGUGACCGCACACCAUUGGUUAGCGUCCUUUUAGAAGGCCCUCCUCACAGUGGAAAGACUGCGUUAGCUGCAAAGAUCGCAGAGGAGUCCAACUUCCCCUUCAUCAAGAUCUGUUCUCCUGAUAAGAUGAUUGGCUUUUCUGAGACAGCCAAGUGUCAGGCCAUGAAGAAGAUCUUCGAUGAUGCAUACAAAUCCCAGCUCAGUUGUGUAGUUGUGGAUGACAUUGAGAGACUGCUUGAUUAUGUCCCUAUUGGCCCUCGAUUUUCUAAUCUGGUACUACAGGCUCUUCUUGUGUUGCUGAAAAAGGCUCCUCCUCAGGGCCGCAAGCUUCUUAUCAUUGGGACCACUAGCCGAAAAGAUGUCCUUCAGGAGAUGGAAAUGCUCACCGCUUUCAGCACCACCAUCCAUGUGCCCAAUAUUGCCACAGGAGAGCAGCUCUUGGAAGCCUUGGAGCUUUUGGGCAACUUCAAGGAUAAGGAACGCUCCACAAUUGCACAGCAAAUAAAAGACAAGAAGGUCUGGAUAGGAAUCAAGAAGCUGCUAAUGUUGAUCGAGAUGUCCCUGCAGAUGGAUCCUGAAUACCGUGUGAGAAAAUUCUUGGCUCUCUUAAGAGAAGAAGGAGCGUAAUAGCCCCCUUGACUUUGAAAAUGGACUAUUUGCAAACAUACAGUGACCAAGGGAAAUGACCAAGGUAAAGAUGUCCUAGGAUCUUCACUGGAUUUACUCAAGACCAUAAUGAAGUGAACUGUUCCUUGCCUUCAACACAUGCUCAUUCUGCAUGAUGAGUGCAAUAAAACUCCCUUCCUUGUGCUUAUCAAAAUAUUCCACUAUUUUAUGGAAGGUACAAACUUGCUUUAGAAUGCCGUGCUUACCUUUCUGUGCAAGCUAAGCUGAUUCCUUCAUCCUCAGUCUGUGGGGGAUAUACUGUACUUGUGAACACUACACAUUUUAAGCUCCCUACUACCCCCACCACCCAGAGACUCUGAAUAAAUGUGAUGAUGUUGCAAGACAACACUUGGCCUAUUAGAAGGAAGACUUCCUCCAGGUAAACCAGGAACAGUGAGGGGCCACAGGGAUUAUCUUACAACUUUCUAUGCUAGCACUGCAGGUAAUUGGUCAUUUGGUUCAAGUUCUCCCAGAAAACUGGUUAUUACCUUUGCCUAAAGAAUCAGGGCUUUGAAUUUCUAAGAUGCUGUUCUCAGUCAUUUUCCAAGUUGCAAUCAGGAUAUCUUUCUUAAUAGAAAGUCAGAGUAUUACUGUGUUGACUAUAACAUCCCCUUAAUGUAACUAAUGUCCUCUGUGGUAAGAGAUAUGUUGAUCAUUACCACCUGAUAGUUGUUAAAAACUAGUGAAAGAUGUAAGGGAAAAGUCUACACCCUUAAAAAGAAAGGAGUCAUUAAAAUAAAGUAAUUUAGCCCUGG